AUGGCUCCCAAAAAGCUCCAGGUUGCAGCAGCAGGACUCGGCCGCAUGGGAAAGCGACACGCCUUGAACUUUCUCAAUCGUGCCCCUCGAUCACAGCUUGUUGCCGCAUUCUCUCCUGAUCCAGAGGAGAUUCAAUGGGCUAAGGUUCAUCUUGAGCCGUAUGGCGUGACCCUGUACACCGAUUACGAUGAGAUGAUCCAGCAGCCUGGUCUCCAGGCCGUUGUUAUUGGGACUGCUACUUCAGUCCACGCGGAAGAGGCUAUUAAAGCCAUGGAAAAGAACCUGCACGUUCUUUGUGAGAAACCGCUUUCGACUAGUAUCGCAAUUUGCAAUGACGUCGUCACAGCAGCUAAACAGCGACCUCACCUCAAAGUAAUGUGUGGCUUCUCACGCCGGUUUGAUGACUCGUACCGCGCAGCCUACGACAAUGCAUCGAACGGAGGCAUUGGCCGUCCAACCAUCCUUCGCAGCCAGACGUGCGACAAGCAUGAUCCUUCUGGUUUCUUCGUCGAAUACGCAGCCUGGUCUGGAGGAGUAUUCGUUGAUAUGGCAGUGCAUGAUAUUGACCUUACCCUCUGGUUCUUCGGCGAUGAUGUGACCCCGAAGUCAAUCUCUGCUUAUGGUGUUACCGCAGUCCAGCCUGACCUCAGGAAACACAAAGACUUUGACAAUGCGGUGGGAAUCGUCGAAUUCUACAAUGGAAAAAUCGCUUAUUAUUACUGUUCGCGAAUGAUGGCACAUGGACAAGAAGAUGUUACCGAGAUUAUUGGCACAGAAGGCAAACUUUCCGUGAACCUGAACCCGCAAAGUAACCUGGUCAAUUACUAUCACGCUGGUGGAAUCACUCGCGAGGUUCCUCCUCAUUACUGGGGCCGCUUUGAACAGGCCUUUGUGCGAGAGACAAACGAGUUUGUGGAUGCCUGCCUCGACGACACUCCUCUGCCCUUUAAGCUGAGCAAUGCUGUCAAAGCUGUACAAAUUGGUGCCUGGCUACAGGAGGCUUUGGUUACCGGACGGUCGCUGAAGUUUGAUGAGACUGGCAGAAGAGUCGAAGUUUCUAAGAUUUAG